GGGACAAGGCCUCGUGCUGGUGACCUUUAUGCACAAAUGCUUCUUUUUCCCAAACUUCUGACCACACAGGAGGGUGGAUGUUGAAAUGCUGAUCACUUGUAAAGGGAAAAGAGGUGUAUCUGCUCGGGAGGUACAGGAACUUGGAGCAUUUGGCCUUUCCCAAACUGGGAGCGGCAUUUGCAAGAGCAGCUACAGCCUCCUUCUGAGUGCCAAAAAUGUUAAGGGUCAGGUCCGUGUGCCCGUGGCACACGUAAGCAAUGCACACUGGGGGAUAACAGAGCCCCCGUGCUCCAGCGGUUCUCCAUGAGCACCCUCAGAGCCGUCCCCGUGCAGCCUCGGCCCAGCCAUGAGGUCACAGUGGGGCUGUGAGGUCACAGAGCCACACGGUGCUGCGACAGCCAUAUGACUGGACCGCGCAGCUCCCGACCCUCACUGCAGCAGCGGCAGCAGCGGCAGCGAAAGCAGCAGCGUCAGCAGCGGCAGCGAAAGCAGUGUGGUGCAAGCGCGGGUGCCAUGGCCCUCGCCCAGCGCCUUCUCCCCCUCCUCCUCCUCUGGGUGGCCCUGCAUGCCAGGACUGCCCAGGCUGCUCCGUGGCGAGCGCGGGGAGCGGAUGGGGGUGGUGGCCCUGAUCAAUCCUCUCGUCUGGCUGUUGGCUUGGAGCCCUUGGGUCGUCCUGGUCCCGUGCCUGUCGGCCAAGGUGAUCCAGGUUCCCGUCCGGGUUCCAGGAUGGAGGCUUUGGGAGAUGCCGUGGGUCUUCCAAGAGCAGAGUAUCAAGCUGAAGGAGGAAAAAAGCCCCCAGAGGCACCUGAAUUCAGGAAGCAAAUUCUGAAGAAAUCGCAGGGAGGACGCGAUAUGGACCGCAAGGCUGUGCAGAAGGAGGCGUUUCCAGAAGGAAGCAGCCGCUCACUGCCAGUCCCUGGUGGAAAACUGGAGGGGAUGCGGGACACCGGCCGGCCAGUGCCGCCCAAGCCAGGAGAAGUCCACCGCAGCAGAGUAUAUGAAUUUUUUCAAACGGACUCAGAUGCGACCCACAAGAGACGCGCAGGUGUUUCCGAAGUCCAGGGGAAAGCAGAUGUUUCCAAUUCUAAAGAGGACGAACUUCCUCUCUGCCCCCAAGAUGUGCGAAAGAGCUGUAUGAUAAACACAGCACUAACCAUCACUUUAGUGCCACUUGGAAUAGCAGUGGCAGUGAUGGCCUUCCUGUUCUGGCGGCGGAGGAAGGCAAAAAAAAAGCAGGACAGAGCUUUUGGAGCCCAUCAGGAAUCCAGAGGCCGCUCUCCACGCCGGGACCGCUGGGACACUGGCCGGGACAGCUGGGACGCACACCCAGACAGCUGGGAUGGCGAGGAAGACAUCCAUGAGAGCUGGAUCCAACCCCGGGAGCCGCCACUCCCGCCUCCCAAACCAUCACGCCCGCGGAGCCCACGGCCCCCCAGCCCGGUGACCCCGAUGAGGAGGGACCAGCAUGGUGGCUACUGGCCCCAGGCCGAAGAAGACUUUGAGCGCCCGGCCUCCCCACGGCCCCCCCGGCCCCCACGUCCUCCCAGCCCGGCCAUGGCCACCCCACAGAGGAUGACCCGUGAAAGUGGCUUCCGGCCCCCAAGCAGACAGGACUUCCAGCGCCCACCGACACCACGGUCUCCUCAGCCGCCAAGCCGGUCUCCGCAUCCCCCGAGCCGGUCUCCGCAUCCCCCAAGCCGGCCCCCACGUCCUCCGAGCCGGCCCCUGCAUCCCCCGAGCCAGUCCCCGCGUCCUCCCAGCCGGUCCCAGCUCACCAUGAUGCAGCAGGACCCACGAGGUGGCAACCGGCACCCGCCACCCCCUCGUCCCCCACCACCCCAGCCCUUCGGCAGGGGCUGAAGGAGCCCCCCCAGGGCAGGGCUUGGGGUGCAAUAGCAGAGCCCCCACCAAUUGAUUUGGGGAUCAGCCCUUUCUAUCCAAAUAAAGGGGGACUGAGCUGUCACACAAGUGUCCAAGUGCUACCAACAGCAAACCCAGCCAGGCACCAGCCCUGGCUGAUCUCCAGGCCCGGGCACAGCCCUGGCUGCCCACGGCGUGGGCAGGCCCGGGCUCCCCCCACCAGCAGCGGGGCCCAGAGGGGCUGGGUGAGCCCCCGGCCAUGGCCAGCAACAGACAGAGACGCCAACCUGACCGGCGCACGGUGUGGGAGGUGGUGAUGGGCGCCUGGUCUGGGCAGUCACACGGCCUGCGGAAGGUCCGUGGGGUGAGGGAAUGUUUGUUGCAGUGGCAUCCUCUGGCCGUGGACGUCCUCCAGUGGGAUACCCAGCAAAAGGGAUAAGGCAGCAAGGGCACCUCUAGGA